CACGCUAAACAGCAUCAUCUGGAACACGGGAUGACCGCCAACGCUGUGGAGGCAGCACUUCUGCAGCAAUGAGGUUCGCGAGAUACAACUAGUUCUUCCUGAUGGAAAUACCGCGAAAAUUGUGAACGAAGUUGGGUUGAAGAAGGGAUGACACCAAUUUAUGGGUGUUGUUAAUAUUAUUUGUACGGGAUAAAAAUAUAAAUUUACUUGAAAUACUAGAGAAGCAUUAAUUGCUUAAAUAAUCUUUUGUCGAACAGAGAUUUUUGAUAUAAUGAGCGAAGUGAAAUACGAACGUUUGUAUAAUUUGGAGAAGUACGAUGCUUGUGUGGAAGAAAUAGAAGACAUAUUGUUUAAUAUUCGCCGUAGAAGUGAAAACUGUAAUUUGUUUUUAGGUUCUCGAUUAGAUGCGUGUGCUGUCGAUUUUGAAUGCCACGUUCUCGUGUUAAUGUUGGAAGGAAAUGCAAAUGUUGUUCGAAGCAUGAAUGUUCUUGAGACUUCUAUUCAGCAAGAAUGGAUAGAAUCUGAUUUGGUGAACUUUUUCCAUAAAAUUAAAACUCUGUCAAGUUCUGCUUGCUCAAUUCCUUUCGAAGUAUAUUUAAAUAGCCUCUUCAAUGUACUGUGGUUGCUAUGGGCUAAGAGAACGUGCGAAGAUGAAGACAAGGAUAUGUUGUUUGAAAUGUUAGAAGAUUGUUUUAAAAAAGUUUUGAUGAGUAUCAAUGUGCAGACGAAACCUACAUCUCAUGAAAGCAGAGGUGAAAUAGUUCUUUCUAUGUUGAAUUCUGUAAUUGGAAGUGUAACAGAUUGUGAGAUACCCCAGUGUUUUCAAAUCAUUGACCUCUGUCUUUUAUGUUUACAUUUGUUCCUUCAAUUUAAAUUGGCAUCUUCAAAGUUACUUAAAUCAAUAAUUUUCAUUCUCAAAGACAAAUGGCCCCUAAUUAAAACAAAAUUUGCUGAGUCACUUAAAGGCAACAGUAUCUCUACAUCAAAUAGAAAAAUUAUAAAAUUAUUCAAAUUUGGAUUUUUAAAAGUAAAUGAAACCACAGACUAUUCUAUUCCCAAAGUGUGUGAGAACUUGAGUGUAAUGGGGUGUUCGUUGUUAUAUGGAUUGGGUUAUCUUCAAGACUGUACUGACUUCCACACCAACUUUCUUUCGGACAAUUGCUGCAAUUUCAUGAGUACAUACAUUCAAGCUGAUGCGUGUCUGCAAUUACAAGCAAUGGAUGUGUCACAACUACAUAUACAUAAGCUCUCGAAGAUUCCGUUGAAUGCGGCUGCUGAAAAGCAUUUCCAUCUUCUCAAAGGGAAGCACGCUCAGUUGAGUGGCCUUGCUGUGGAUGCCCACUUAGAAUUCACACACGUUUUGCAAUCAAAGCAGUUCAUUUAUGAGGGGCUCAUCAAUAUUCUAAACAAUCUGAAGAUUGGUGUGCGUACUUUCUAUGAAGAAAGUGCUGAACAUGGUUCAGAUGCUGUUAUUGACAAACUUGUUAGAGUUCUUCAUUGUUUUCAAACAUUUAUUGCCAAUACACCUUCUUUUGAAAGAAAUUGCAAAUUUAGUGCUGAGAAUAAGAUAUUAAGCGUACUUCGUCAAGGAGAGUCCCAUCAGCCAGAAGAUAUUCUCUGCAUGAUCGGAAAGGAAUUGUUAUGGCUUGAGCUUCAUUAUUUAUCAUCCAACAGUAGAUCCAAAACACCAGAUAUUGCAGCUAAAUGUUACAUGAAUAUCUUAUGCACUUACUACAAGAAAGAUGCAUCAUUGCAAAUGUUGAGUAUCCACUCAGAUAUAAUCCAUGAAGCUGUUGUUGCUUUCCUGCUGUGUGAUAAAAUUCAUGAAGCAGAGAUCAUGUGUCAGAUUCUGGUGCAGAAAUGUACUAUAAGAGAUAAGCCACACGAGAAUUUGGAUGACACUCAAGAGGAAUUCCUCAUGAAAAGUGGUGUAUCUGCUCAAAUGUUAAUGGCUUACAUAAAAAUGUUUCGAAAGAAGUAUGACGAGGCUCAAUGCCUUCUUACAAGAAUUAAGAAAACAUUACUAGAAGUCUACUUUUCUCUUGUAAAAGCUGACUCUCUCAGAGUAUUAUUGCUGGAUGCUGUGAUUGCAAAAGUGUACAUUUUGAAGGCUUAUUUGUUUAUGAAAGCGGAUUACAAAAUGGAUGCUUUGCAGUGUUGUCAAAAGGCAAUUAAACACAAUACAGGCGCAGAGGCCAUAGAAGAGUGCAAGGGCGUCGCCCGCCGCUUGGGCGCCGAACUCCACGUCCCCCCUUCCCCUCCGCCCGCCUACACCCCCGCGCCCACGCUCACGCCCACCCUCAGGUACCUGCUCGUCGCCAAGGUCACUCAUCUUACUCCAACCGAAGACACUAUUUGGACAUAGAAAGUUAACAAACACGUUAACAUAUUUCAUUGCCUGUGUGUGCUACCAUUCCUACGCAUAUAGUGCUUACGUAAGUCUGUCCUCAAAUAUUUGCGUCAAGAGCAAGCCUCAGUUGACCAGAAUGAACAUUACUCUCUUUCAUGAAUAAGAAAUGAUAAAUCAUGACCUGCAUCAAGAAGCUCUUUCUUAUUCAAUGAGAGAAUGAAGUCGAUGUAAAUAUUUCCAUUUGAGUAGGUAGUCUCUGAUUCACUGAAAGUCCUCUAUACAGUUCUUGCUCAGACUUUAAAAACGUGAAAUAAAGUAUUCCCGUGAAAUUUAAGUGAAUGCCUUAAAUGUACAGUAGAAAAUCUUGAAAAGAUGUCGAAUAAGUGUAUAUUUACCUUAUGUGAUCUGUGUUACAUCAAACGAGAGUGAUAAGAAACGUGUCAAGUGAGGAAGAACGGAAUUUUGAUGUAAUAGCGUACCUCGCAACACGUGUGCUUAUCUUGUUUUAAACUACUUGAUUUGUAUAAAUGUGUAAAUAUGAAAAUAUAAAUGUAAUAUAAAUAAAAGAAAGUAACAUA